AUGGACCCUCUACGCGAUGGAUCAUCGAGCAGAAAGAGGGCUGGAGCAGGCCUUCUCUUGUUGAGUCCCGAAAGGGCCCGCAUUCAUGGCAUUCUCCGGUCCGGUUUCAAAGCAACUAAUAAUGAGGCCGAGUACGAAGCUCUGCUCGUUGGACUCAGGUUGGCCAGGGAAAUGGGCGCAACUGCGAUCAGCGUCUAUAGUAACUCCAUGCUGGUCAUUAACCAGAUUUUGGAAGAGUAUCAAACCAAGGAAGAUAACAUGAUCAACUAUCUGAAAAAAGCUAAAGCCGCACUCGAGCCGUUCAAGCACUUCGCAAUCACUCAGAUCCCUAGAGAAAACAAUUCUGUGGCAGACGCCUUGGCGAGGAUAGCCUCAUCAUUAGACUUGGAUGCACCAGAGAGCAUCCCUGUUUGA